AUGCUAAAGGGCAAGAAGGUGCAGCUUCUCUCUAACGUUACAGGCGCAUUCAAGCCUGGUGUUCUCACUGCUCUAAUGGGUGUGAGUGGUGCUGGUAAAACGACUCUGAUGGAUGUUCUUUCUGGAAGGAAAACACGCGGUGACAUUGAAGGAGAGAUCCAAGUAGGUGGUUACCGUAAGGUUCAAGAAACAUUUGCAAGGGUUUCAGGUUACUGUGAGCAGUUUGAUAUUCACUCUCCUAAUUUAACCAUAGAGGAGUCCUUGGAAUACUCUGCUUGGUUCGACUUCCUUCUAGCAUCAACUCUGAAACAAAGAGCAAUAGUCAGAGAAGUUCUUGAAACAAUAGAGCUGGAGGACAUUAAAGAUUCCAUAGUAGGACUUCCUGGAGUUAGCGGUUUAACAACAGAACAACGCAAGAGACUAACUAUAGCUGUGGAGCUGGUUGCCAAUCCUUCAAUCAUAUUCAUGGAUGAACCAACCACAGGAUUAGAUGCAAGAGCUGCUGCGAUUGUGAUGAGAGCUGUGAAGAACAUCACAGAGACUGGCAGAACUGUUGUUUGCACCAUUCACCAACCGGGAACUGAUAUCUUUGAAGCAUUUGAUGAGCUUGUUUUGAUGAAAAAUGGAGGAAGGAUUAUCUAUCAUGGACCUCUUGGAGAACAUUCAAGAAAUGUUAUUGAUUACUUUAUGAGAAUUCCUGGAGUUCCGGAAAUGAAAGAGAACACUAAUCCAGCAACUUGGCUACUAGACAUUACUUCAAGAUCAUCAGAAGACAAACUUGGUGUUGAUUUGGCCCAAAUCUACAAGGAAUCUUCUUUGUUUAAGGAGAACAACAUAGUAAUAGAGCAAAUGAGAGGUACAUCUUCAGAAACACAAGAACUAACCUCUUCGACGCGAUAUGCUCAAACGGGUUGGGGACAGUUCAAGGCAUGCCUAUGGAAACAACAACUCUCUUAUUGGAGAAACCCUUCCUACAAUCUUACUCGCAUCAUGUUCAUGUGUCUCACCUCUGUGAUCUGUGGCGUUUUGUUCUGGCAAAAGGCUAAGAAAAUAAACACUCAACAAGAUCUUUUCAAUGUAUUGGGAUCAAUGUACACGGUGGUUCUUUUCACUGGAAUAAACAAUUGCUCAACAGUGUUGUUCUGCAUUGCAACCGAAAGAAAUGUCUUCUACCGCGAAAGAUUUGCUCAAAUGUACACCUCAUGGGCGUACUCCCUUGCACAGGUGUUGGUUGAGAUUCCAUACUCAUUAGUCCAGUCUAUUUUAUGUAUGGCAAUCUUAUAUCCUAUGGUUGGCUAUCACUUCUCGGUCUACAAAGUGUUUUGGAGCUUCUAUGCAGUCUUCUGCUCGUUGCUCAUAUUCAACUACUUUGGCGUGCUUUUAGUCGUCAUCACCCCAAACAUUCACGUUGCUUUUACUCUCCGUUCGGGCUUCUACUCAAUGGUUAAUCUCUUCGCUGGUUAUGUCAUGCCAAAACCUAGCAUUCCGAAAUGGUGGAUAUGGAUGUAUUACUUGAGCCCUACGUCAUGGGUUUUGAAUGGAUUGCUUACAUCUCAGUACGGAGAUAUGGAGAAUGAGGUUAUGGCAUUUGGAGAGAAGAAGAAGGUUUCAGCAUUCGUGGAAGACUAUUUUGGUUUCAGAUAUGAUUCUUUGGCUCUUGUAGCUAUCAUUCUCAUUGCCUUUCCCAUUCUCUUGGCUUCUCUUUUCGCAUUCUUCAUAGAUAAACUCAAUUUCCAAAAGAAGUGA